CUGAAACGGAUUUAUCCUGGAACUUAUGUUUACUACUUAAGUAUAAACUUGGACGAUUGGAUCAAUCCGCCGGAGGAAGAUGAGAACAAAGAGAAUGAACGCAGCGGAGCGAAGAACCUGAAUGACAGCCCGAAGAUGAUGUUCAGUGACCUGUAUAGCCAGGCUGACAAGACGAAAGCGGCGGAGCCGUCAGCUGAGGACCUCAAAAGGAGAAGAAGAGCUCGAAUGGCUGUGAUCGAAAGCAACCCAAACUACUUGAAAGGUAAAACCGUUCUCAAAAAGCACGGUAAGGGGUCGAAAAGUUCUGGUCGUGCAACGAUCGAUGCCAAAUCGCCUAAUAACAUGCACCUGCCGACUCCAGUUCCUCUUGACCUUGAAAAGCCUGUCGAAAUCAAGGACAUGAUUGGCCUGGAACACUACGCGAAGCAAUUGGAGAGUACAGUUUCUUGGGAAAAGGUGAACAAGUCAAAGCGUGGCGGCAACCGCAAGAAGAAUCACGGUGACAUGGUGGUUUCAAGCGACGACAACGCUCCCGAGAUAGAGAUUAAUCGAGACGUUGGCGAGAUGCCGGAAAAUGCUCAAUCUACUGACGAAGAACAAGAUUCGAGUGUUGUCGAUCCUUUUAAGGCACUGGAUAUUAACAUUGAAGGGUAA